GAGACCAGAUCUACCUUCAGCAUAUUGAGCAUCUUCAUCAUUACCUGGGGAAUAGUAGUUUUUUGAUCUGUGCAUCUCAUUUUGUGCCAUCUAACCUUUAUCCUUCGCAGGACUCAUCAGGGAAGAUUCCUACGCACGUCUAUACCAUUCAGAAAUACUAUCCAUAUCUCAGAUCUCUAGCUAGCUAGCUCACAAGUAGUGCUUAUCAGUGGGGAGGCAUGUCAUCGUUGUCAUCGCAGCAUGCUUUUGCUCCAGAGCAGGUUUGCUAUGUCAAUUGCAACUUCUGCAACACUGUUCUUGUGGUUAAUGUGCCGAGUGAUAAUUCAUUGAAUGUGGCGACUGUCCGAUGUGGUCUUUGUGCCAAUCUGCUCUCUGUCAAUCUACAAGUUCAGUUAGAAAAACUCCCACUCCAUAAGCUUCAGAAUCGAGAAAUGGGAGGGGCCCCAAACAUCUACGAUGGAGAUUGUGAAUCUUCUUCAAGAUGCAGCAGUCUCUCAGCGUUGAGCCCGAUGGACUACGUUCACCACCAAAUGCAACUUAUCCAACCCGCAACGGAGAAGCGGCGUGUUCCUUCUGCCUACAACAGAUUUAUCAAGGAAGAGAUCCGCCGACUGAAAGCUAAAGAUCCCAACAUUAGCCACAAGGAAGCUUUCAGCACUGCAGCCAAAAACUGGGCGCACUUCCCAGAGAUCCGUUUCGGGCUAUCAAUCCGUGGCAAUGAACAAGUUUAAUUAUUAUAUAUAGUUGGGUUUAAGUCCUACGUGUUUUAUUAAUUUUCCUCGACGAGGAUUAAUGUGUAAUUCCAUGCAUAAUUAUGUUAGUUUGAAACAAUAUAUAUAAUGUAAUGAAAUUCAAUGGGAAAUAUAACUUAAUCAUAUUACUUUGGGUGCACUAAAA